GGAACCGGAGGCGGAGCCCCAGAAUAAAUGCAAGCCGCUGAAGGGAAGCGGUGAAUGAAGCGAGGUUCUCCUUCCGCCGUCCUUAUGUGCAGAGAGCAGACUGAUAUCGCUGGGAGGAAAAUGUCCUGUGGGCUGUGGAAAGAGACCCUGGCUAUGGCAGAGGACUACAUGGCCCUGUGCUGCACAGGCCCACAGGCGGCCCCUCCACCUCCCAGCGAGUCAGCUGCUGCCAUGAGGCUCCUGGCCCAGGACGUGGAGAGGCAGCACCAGGCUCGGUUCCUCUCCCUCGCUCAGACCUUCCUGAGGCAGUGUGGGCCGGAACCCUGUUCCAGCCUCAGGAAGGUGAUGGAGGAGCUGGUGGGCGAUGGACACUUAAACUGGGGAAGGGUUGUGUCCCUUUUCACCUUUACUGGGGUGCUGGCCAGACAGCUGAUGGAGCAGAAGGGCACGAAACCGGGGCUGGACCCUCAACAGGUGCCUGGAAAUUACAGGGGAUUGGCAGAAACCAUAGCUGAUUACCUGGGAGAGGAGAAGAAAGACUGGCUGCUGGAGAAUGAUGGCUGGGAGGGGUUCUGUAAGUUCUCCCAUCAUGCCAGAAAAGUGAGUCAGGACUCGUCCAUGAAGAAAGCUCUGUUUGCUGCUGCUGGGGUCGGCCUCGCUGGACUCACCUUCCUCCUGGUGCGCUAGCCGGGAUCCCACAUCCCCGACACAUGCCCCGUCCAUGUUCUCAUUUCAUUUGGCACAAUUAGGUAGACGUUCAGAUAAUGACUUCUUACAUCGAUGCUGCAAAACAAGCUUAAUCUGUUGUGAAUUCAGGGUUGCAAUCUCAAGUCAAAUCAACUGAAUGUUUGCACAUACGCCGAUUCCAAACACACUGAUACUGACAUUCUGCUCACUUUCUCCUUAAGAUUGUAAAAAAUGAUCUCAAUGCCUUCAGAAACGUAGGAGAAAGUGAUGUGAGUUUGCAUAUCUGUGACAGGUUAAUUUACUAAAGCACAGGUUUCUGCACAGAAUCACCUUGGUUUUAAAGUUUGUAUUUUCAGCUGUGCAGCUAAAACGACACCCUCUUCAUUUUAGUUUUUUUUUUUUUUCCCCCAGCUUUUGGUUUUGACUUGGUUUUAAAACGGUCAGCUGCCUUUACUUCAUGUGUUUACCUGAGUUGUGUAUGUGCUAUAGAGCCAUUCUAGUGUACAAUGUAUAAAUUAAUAUAAUAUAUUUAUAUGAAUUGAAACUGUAAGCAGUGGCCCUUUUCUAACUGAUCCAGAGCUGAUUCAGUUGAUCCAUUGUUUAAGUCUGUCCUACAUUCAUGUGAAAUGUCUGUGAUUUACACGGUCACCGCUGCUGAUGACCGCACAACGGUGCUAUAUGUUGUGAAAUGUUUCUCAUAUCAAUUCACCAAAACAGGGACCAAUCUGACUUAAGACAUACUACUAUCUAGAACAAACAUGUUGCUAUGGCAUUUCCCCCACAGAUCUCUUUAAACAUUAUAUUUUUACAUUUUUUUGCUCUAUUUAUUUGUCACUGUUUUUGUAAUAAAAGUGAUGCAAUCAUG